GCGCGUGUUGCGCAUGUUAACCAGGCUGAUAUAAAGAACUAGCGAUUCUGCAAGCAUUGAUGACCGGAAACCGCAGCUUUAGAGAUUUAUAGACGCUGGCAGAGCUUCAUGUAACGACUGUGUCACUCAGAGCGGGCAUAGGCUGGUCUGUCUGCCUCCUAACUGGGACUAUCAACACCAGUAUGCCCAGUUUGGCACUCGAUCGACGGACAGCGUUAAACUGAGCUGUUGCAGAAACCCAGCGCGUGACGACACGACAAACAACAACACAGGAAAUAAAACCCAACAAAAAAAACCCCAAACAUGGAGAACGACAGCUGCAGCGAGGGGGCCCCCAACGCCACGUGCUGUGGCACUGAGGAGCUGCGCAGGCUCUUCAUGGCUGCCUAUGUGCUGAUCUCCGUGGUGGGGCUCCUCCUAAACCUCACGGCCCUGGCAAUCUUCUACUGCAACCCCAAGGCGCCGCGCUCCCAAACCACGGUCUACAUGACCAACCUGGCGGUGGCUGACCUGCUCCUGGUCCUCACGCUGCCCGCCCGCAUCUACCACUACUCGGGGGCGCGGCUGAACCCUGUGCUGUGCGAGGUGGCCGGCCUGGUCCUGCUGGUCAACAUGUACGGCAGCAUCUUCUUCCUCGCCUGCAUGAACCUGGACCGCUGCCUGGCCGUUUGCUUCCCGUUGAGCUCCCGGGUCAAAGCCUGGCGGAAACGCACCCCGCUGGUCUGCCUGGGGGUGUGGACCCUGACCGUGGGAGCCAGCCUGCCCACCUACCUCAUCAAGAAAGCCGGGGGCGGGGGGCAGCAGCAGCAGCUGCCGCAGUGCGAUUGUUUAGACCGCGUGCCGGUUUACGCCACGCAGCCCGCUGCGAUCGGAGCCACGCUGACCGUGGGCUUCGGGAUCCCGCUGGGCUCCAUGCUCCUCUGCUCCUGGUGCUUGCUCCGAGCUCUCCGGCGGAGCGCUGCCGUGCAGAUGGGGCUGGUGAAGGGGAAGAAAAUCCGCAACAUGAUGAUGGUCAACGCGGCGGUCUUCCUGCUCUGCUUCCUGCCUUACCACUGCCUGCUGGUGCUGAUUUACCGAGGGGGCGAGGAGCAGCGGCAGCGGCUGAUGCUGUGGUACCAGGGCAGUCUGCUGAUCGCCUGCGCCAACGCCGUUCUGGACCCGCUCGUCUACUACUUCACCACUCAGACCUUCAAGGACACGAUGGCGGUGGGGAAGAUGCGGGUUUUCCACAGCAACAGCUCCGAGGAGCAGAAACGGGGGGCCAGUGCACCCCUCAACUCAUGAGGGGGGCAGGGGGGAGGCAGGGAGCCCCUCAACUCAUGAAGGGGACAGGGGG